AUGUCUCGUCAACUCCCACCAGGAACCAUCAUCUUCGGCCCUGACGCCACCUGCACACUCGACACUUGCCCCAUUGAUUGGAGUAUCUACUCUUACAGGCCAUCUCUUCCUGGAAAUGCCACUCUUCUUGCUCUCUUUGGUGUUGUCGGCAUCAUCCACACAUACCUAGGCAUCCGAUGGAAGAGCUGGGGUUUCAUGGUCGGCAUGCAGCUUGGCUGCAUCAGCGAGAUCAUCGGCUAUAUCGGGCGCAUAAUGCUCUACAAUAACCCUUGGUCAUUUGUGGGCUUCAUGAUCCAAAUCGUGUGUCUGACCAUCGCCCCCGUCUUCUUCACGGCCUCGAUCUACGUUACCCUUUCGAAAACCAUCGUUCACCUCGCUCCGGAACUUUCACGCUUUAAGCCUCAGCUUUUCUACUGGAUCUUCAUCCCCGCCGAUGUCGUUUGCCUCGCCCUCCAGGCCGCUGGUGGAGCUAUGUCCACAAAUUCCGAUGGAGGCGACAACACCGGUGUCAACAUCUCCAUGGCCGGUCUGGCUCUCCAAGUCGUCGUCCUAGUUCUCUUCAUUGCUGCUUUUAGCGAUUACAUGAUCCGCUACUGGCGCUCCGGCCGCAUGUCCGGCUUCCCCUGGCGCCUCAAGGCUUUCUUCGCCGGCCUCACCGUCUCGAUCCUGCUCAUCCUCGCCCGGUGCUGCUACCGUGUCGCCGAGCUCCGCGAAGGCUACUCCGGGGACAUCAUCAAGCACGAGAUUCCAUUCAUUGUGCUUGAGGGGGCCUUCAUUGUCGUCGCUGCCUUUGCGCUGUGCUGGGGCCACCCUGGUCUUGCCCUCCGCGAUAGCCACAAAGAAUCGGGCAAGGCUUCUGACAGCGAGCAGGGGACUAUUGAGAUCUAA